CAUAAGGUCGUGAGUCGUGGUUUUGAAGUCGUAACUCACGGGUUUAAAAACCUGCCUGGAACGCAGCAUCAACAUUCGCUUUGUGACGUCACUCGGCAUGCGCGAACGGCGUUGAGCGCGCGGAAGCGGAUCAUGGCUGAUCGGACAUCAGACAGUGACGGGGAUGCACCUGUAUCAGACUCUCCAAAACGACGUCCCAAACGUCGCCGCAUUAUCGACCCCACAUCCAUCACAACAGUACCCAUUUAUUCCAACAAGGUAAACAGGUCCUUAAAUCUGACGCCAACGACUUUCACACAAAGCAACCUCACAGAGGAGGAAAAGGAUGGUCCUCUAUGGUCUCCGCCUCCACCACGAACAGAGAAACAGUCAACAAGCAUCAAUCUGAGUGAUUCAGAGGAGGAGCCACAACAGAUUCAAGCUCAGGAAAUUCUUCGCUCCCCCUCUCCACCUCCACCAUGUAGUCCACCGGUCAAACAAAGCAGACAGGCAAACCAAAAAAUAAAGAAAUUGGAUGCUAUUGGCUCUUUUGCUUGUCUGUCGCCUGUGUAUCAAGAACCUGUUAUUGAGUACAGAAACUCUCCAUCUCCUGUAAAUGAUUAUGAUGAUGAUGAUGAUGAGAUCAUCAUUCUUUCUGACAACAAACGGAAAAGACGUCACCCGAAUACUGAGCACAGAGACGUGGCACGAGAAAUCUCACUAAAAUUCCGUUGUCGAACAGAAUUGCACAAAAUUCCAAUACUUUCUACAGCCCCUUUGAGUAAAGCUGUGGAACAGCUGGCCAUUAAACUUAGUGUCCGGCCCAGCCAAAUUCUGUUAUUAAGAAAAGAUGUUGAACUCCCGGUUCACUCCUCCGUCAGUGAGCUGGGACUUGGCAUAGCUGACAUCAUAGACUGUGUAAUAAAAGAGGAUAAACAAGACGACAAUACUAAAUGUGAUGUCAUUACUCUGCGACUGCAAGGCAAAGAGAAAGGAUCAGCGCAGGAGUAUUCAGUGCAAAAGACUGCUCCUAUAGGAUCCAUCCUGUCUCAGUAUAUUUCUGGUCUUCCGGCCAGUGACAGGCGGAGAGCUAAAUUCCUCUUUGAUGGGUCAAGAAUCUCACAAAAUCAGACUCCAGCUGAGCUAGAAAUGGAGGAUGGGGAUGUCAUUGAAGUCUGGGCUUAAACGCUUUUACUUUGUAUUGUUUGGCGUUGCGUACCAACACCAUGUUCUAGAUGCAAUGUAAUAUGUGUCUUGUUUCUGCGGUUCAUAAGAUCUUAUCGCUUUUGCUGAAAUACAACUUUUGAUGUCUUUUUGUAAAAAAUAUAAAAUUCAUUUUUACAUUGUUUAUGUAAGCCAGAUUUAUUUAAGAAUUGUUUAAAUGUUCAUUAUUUUUAAUAUAAAACAUCAAAUUGAUUAAAAUACAUUUAAUAAAAAUUGACUUUUUUAAAUUC